AUGUAUCAGACGCCUGGCAAGGAGGCGCGAAGCUUCUUCCCGCCCACUGUGAACGUGCGGCACCUCAAGAAUACCUGGCUAAAGAAAGCCAUGGAGGGGACAGACUGGGAGCCAAUGAGGGAUAAGAUCAAGGGCAACAACAUAUAUGUCUUCGUGGAGAGCGACAAGGACCUGAAGCCUUCGAUCCAGGCCUACAUGAAAAUUGAGAAGCAGUUCAACCGGACUGCCAAGCUCGAUGUUCUUAGAGAAGAAUGGGUGGAGCGCCUGACCUACGACCUCCAGCCCUUGGUCGGCGGCAUGAUGAGUGAAGAGUGGGACAUCAUGGAGCCUGCAGAUGUCGUCAAGCUGAAGGACUUUCCCACGAAAACAGAGCUUAUCGGUCAGAUUGCGGGCUCCAUCAAGCAAGUUACCACCAAGCUUGCAAUUGGCGUCCGUCAGGUGCCUACAAAGUUGGCGAUCGGCCUCAAGAAAACUGUGGAGAAGGGCGAGGAAGGUGGCAAGAGAGCGGGGCUCAACCCAUUUGCCGUAAAGGAAUCUGGCAGCAAUACCAACCAGCGCUGA